UUAAUCCCUUCGUAAUGCUGUGAUUGCAUUCUGCGACGAUGCAAAUGAACGAUGGCAGCGCAGCAGUGUUCUCCGAGCAAUGCACGCUCCCCUCCACUGGAUGGUCAACAUUUCGGACUGGACGUUUGGCGAGACAAACUCGAUUUCUCUCACCACCAGCGGCGGUGGGGCUGGCAAAGCUUCAUUCAGCGGGUUCAGUUUCCAGAAACCAGCCGACGCGUAUACGCCGACUCUCCUAUCAUACCUGACUAAAGGUCACUCGCUCACCGUGACGCUGGGCUGGAUAAAAGACGCAUCUCCAGCCAGUCCUGGAGUUUGUGCCGCGUCCGGCACCCUGGCUUCUGUCUAUACCUUCAGCACUGCCUACAUCUCGAGCCAGUCUUUCGCUGUUGUGGACGGGGUCCCCUGGGAGCAGUUGGAGGUCACAUUCGGGUCGUUGAAGACACAGUAUCUCCCUGUGAAUCCUGACGGCUCGACCGGUAACCUGGUCAGUUUCGGCUGGAACUCUGUCACCAAUGCGGCGAUCACAUCUUGAUCAGACGUGUACCUUAGCAGCAAUGUGUAUCACGAACCUUGUUCAGUAAGCAGACAAGAAUGUCUUCGCAUCGCUCAGCGCCCUGUUGCGGGUCAAAUAAUGGCUCGUUGCCUAGAAUUUGAGUCGCACAGUUUCUCGCAUGAGGCUUUUCGCAAACUCAACGACAACAUGUUCGGUGUGUGUGUAUGCAUCAACGAACGGAUCGUGAUUGGCGGAAAAGCUUGGUUCCAGAUGGCACUCGUUGCUCGCUCAAGGCAACCCCGUCAGGCUUCGUAACUGUUUUGAUUUAGCAGCGUAAGCGAU